CAGCGAAAGUGGACCAUUGAGAUCGACGGCAUACUUCUACUUAAUAGAAUUCUAUUGUACAACGACUCGUAUCUAUGCUUACCAUGGAUUGACAUUUUUUUAUCUUCCUCACUGAAGUGUCCUUGAAUUCUUACUUCCGCUUCGAACGACGACAGACGAGAACAACAAUGAAGGCACCAGCCCUAAAAUCUACUGCUCCGGCGGCGGCUGCUUCCGGGACAUCAACAACUGCUACGUCGAGUGAGGUGGAGAGUUCGCGCGUGAUGCUGAAGAACAUUCCACCCUACGCGACUGAUAAGCGACUCCGUGAGCGCUUCGCCGAGUUUGGAUCCAUCACGGACGUAAAAAUCUUGACGAAAAACGGGAUGUCCCGACAGCUUGCUUUUCUUGGCUUCAAGACUGUUGCUGAGGCUAAGAAGUGCGUAGCCGCUUCACAUCGAACCUAUUUCGACACACACAAAAUGCAGGUUGAAAUUGCACGCCCAGUAGGCGACACUGGGAUCGCGCGGCCAUGGAGCAAGUACUCAGAAGGCAGCAGCUCCUUUGCAAAAAGCAACACGACAGAAAAAUCUUCUAAUCUGGAGAAGGUCGGGGACGCCGAAAAGAAGGAAUCUAAGGCUGUCAAGAAAACCUCGGAAUCAAGUAGCGCCAAGUCAGAAGUCGACGAAAUUCCCGCAGACGAGUCCGAUGAAACGGCUUCAAAAACCGUUGCCAACGAUGCGACCGUUACUGACGCGGACUACUUGGCUCAGUUUAAGACCGGAGCAGACGACUUGGAUUCGGAUCUUGAGGACGACCCACUACCUACAAAAGCGCUUGAAGACGACACAGAACAGCGUGGUCCCCCGACAAGUGGAGCAGGCGCAACCGAGAAGGCUGCUGAACAGGUGUUGAAAGGCGACAGCUCGCCAAAGAAUGAAGACGAGAGCGAACCUUCUGGCAAGAAGGGAGCAACAUCGCAAUCUGGUACAACUUCGUCAUCUGGAGGAGAAUUAGCUGCUGCAGUGACGGGACGCGUUUUUGUGCGGAAUCUUCCGUAUUCGUGCACCGACGACGAAGUACGCGAGUUUUUUGCACAGGAGGGAGAAGUCGGUGGCGUGAAAAUCUGCAUCGAUGAAGAUACCAAAAGGUCUCGCGGGUUCGGAUUCGUCACGUACGUCUUUCCGGAGCACGCGGUUCGCGCUGUAUCACUCCUCGAUGGACGUUGCUUUCAGGGCAGGCUGAUUUCGAUUCGCGAUGCGCAAAUUCAAGAAGACGAACAGAUGACUGGUAAAAUAAAGUCUACUGAACACGAUGGUGCAAAAGACGGAGAAACAAAUGCUGAACUCACCAAGGACAAGAAUGCAACCAAUAAAGCAGGCGACGCGAAAAGCUCCUACAAGAAGUUGAAAAAUCAAGAGCGCAAACAGCAACAAUCAGAGCGAAUCUGGAACUUGUUGUACAUGUCCGCUAACGCCGCGACCGACGCUAUAGCCAAGAAGUUAGGAGUCGAGAAGCGAGACUUGCUCGAUAAGGAAUCGUCUCAACUCGCGGUCACAGUGGCGCUCGGUGAAACGCAGGUUCUGCAGGAAACAAAGCAAUGGCUCGAGCGCGAAGGCAUUUGGGUCGAUGCGUUCACGCGACAAGGCACCAACCUACUUUCGGCUGUGAAAAACCCAAUGCUCGAGGGUGAUGCUGAGAGCAAUAAGAAGUCUCGUAGUUCUUCUGCAGGUGAAGAUGCUGCGUCCUCAUCUAAAGUGCGACGAGCCAAAGACGUCAUGAUCGUGAAGCAUCUUCCGAGUGAGUCAGUAGUGGAACAUGAGCUAAGAGAGCGCUUUGCACGCUUCGGGGACGUCAAGCGCUUCUGCUUGGCACCUGCUAAGACAGUAGCUGUUGUGCAGUUCGCUUCAGCGCAGCACGCUGAGCGGGCAUUCGCGAAAGUAAACUUCUCGCGUUACAAGCACGUUCCUUUGUUCUUAGAGUGGGCGCCAGAACAGAUCUUCGCUAAAGAUGCAUCUGAAGCCGGAGCACACGGGGAAGCAACUACGAAAGAUGAUAGUACAACUCAAGAACCGAAUGAGGACGCUAGUGCCUCUACGGGGUCAGCUUGUAUCUUCGUUAAGAAUUUGAGCUUCAGCACUGGAGACAUGCGUCUGGAGCAAAUUUUUCGGCAGCAUGCAGGCUUUCGUCGCGUCACCAUCAUGAAGAAAAAAGGCGUUGAUGGCGAAAAGAAGAGUAUGGGUUACGGGUUCAUCGAGUACGAAACCGUCAACCAGUGCGAGGAGGUGGUGAAGAAACGACAAGCGCUGGCACUUGACGGCCACAUCUUGCACCUGCAAGUCUCUAGUCGACAAGCAAAAGGCAACUCGUCACUGGCAGGAGCGGAGAUCAAGAACGCAGCUAUUUCUCGGUCUGGUGCAGCUGGUGCUGAUGCAGUAUCCUCCAGCUCGGUAGCUGCUGGAUCGAAAGCGAAGCAACUAGCACAUGACGGAAAGCCCUUGAGUAAUAAGUUGUGUGUGCGCAACGUGGCGUUCGAGACAACAAAAGGAGAACUCUCGGCGCUCUUCGCACCUUACGGUACUGUGACGUCACUGCGGCUGCCGAAAAAGGCGGACCGAUCAGGGCAGCACCGAGGUUUCGCCUUCGUCGACUUUUUAACGAAGAGCGAAGCAUGCGCUGCCUUUGAAGCCCUCCAGCAUACGCAUCUUUACGGGCGCAAAUUAGUGCUCGAACCAGCGGAGAAAGAAGCCUUGACAGUCGAAGAGUUGCAGUUAGCACAACUGCUAACUGAGAAUAAGACUAGUGAAAAACAAAAACGAAAGCGGGAAGCCGUUGCCGAAGGAGACGAAAAUGCGAAGUCAGGCUUCGCCUCCCUGAUCUUAGAUGACUCCGCAGCAGCAAGUGUGAAUGCCAAAAAACCAGCCAAGAAAAAAAGGAAAGUCGCAAAAUAGAGUAAGUACUUUUGAACUAGAUGCUACAUCGUUCUGCUUGUAUACUGCGGUCUUGUAUUCAUUUCUUACUUCGCACAGGCACAUCACGACUGCAAAAGCAAAAAGAUUGUCAUACUGUCCCUUCAGUACAAGAUUCAGAUUACAAGUACCUACUUGUACUUAUGCAACUUCACAGCAUAUGUCGAGAUAUCCAGAGCGAUUGUGGUACAACAAGAGCCGCGCUUUACUUGGGUUCAUAUUAUUAUCUGGGCGUGGACGUGGAUAAUAUUACCAUUAGGCUGUUCUGAG